UCUUCAAUAUCUACGAUAUCAACAAUACACACAAAAUGAGGUGUUUUGCAGGCAGACGCAGGCAGCAGAUCGUCUGUGACAUGCCCGUGACUUCGUGACUCAACGUGACUCACAAAACUCUAAAAUCCUGGCUGAACGGUCUCCGGCGCCCGCGCUCUCGUCGCCAAACGACACGACGACUCUCGCGCCCCCUUCGACGCAGGAAUAAAGAUCCAGAAAAAGACAGUCGCUUUGUUGUCUUUGUUAAAAGGAACAAUAGCGCACGUUUAGACUGACGAAUCAUCACGAACGGGCGAUAGUCGUUACGGGAUUGUGUGCUGAAGUUUGAUUUUCAGUGUGUGGUUGUGUGGACUGGACAUUUCGACGCAGGUUAUACAUCUAGAAACAAAUCACGGACUCGAUGGCUGAUUUGGACGUCAAUGCACCGGCGCCAGAGCUAGCGUCUACCUCGUCGCUGAAGCGGAAGUUCGCAUCAUAUGGCGCUCCUACUAAAGCCGGCGGCAGCCUCUUACAGCAGUUUAUUACCGUUCUUGAAGCGGAAGAUCCAGACGGGGUGAUACUGAGUACGAAAAUCAUCCCUCGACCCGCGAUACCCUCCUCCUCCGUCCGUCAGGCACCCAAGCGGACGCGCGCGUCAGAAGCAGCAGCGGCAGCGGCAGCCAUCGCAGCCGCCGUCGCAGCCUCCUCGACCGACAACAUCAAAGAAGAAAAACCAACGACAGAGACCGUGUCCAUCCUCGAGAAGCUCAGACUAGGCGGCUACCGUCCGACCGAGGACUCGACAGGCGCAGAUGCGGUGGUGGAUGAGUCUGAGGCAAUUCAGGAUCUGCGGGAUGACCUGAAACUAGCUGCCCAGCGUGUGAUUGCGACGCUCGCGCCGUCGUCGGAGAUGUACCAGCGCAUCGAUCGGUUUUUCUAUUACGCAGAGUCGCUGUUUGCGAGGUGUAUCAGGCCCGCGGGGAAGGAAAUCGAGGCGCUGGUUGAGGCCAGUGCUGCUGCUGAUGCUGCUAAUGCUGCUGCUAAAGCCGCUGCCGCUGCGAGCGUGGGCGAAGACGGUCUAGCUUCUGCGGCCGCGACGACGACGACGAUAGACGAGCGCGGGGAGGACAAGGAGGUGCUGUACAUGGUGAGCCAGCACGGCCCGCUAUUCUCGUCGCUCUCGAAAAAGUCGCGGAUAGAUCCCCGCGAAUUCGAAGUGCCCGCGUUUUUCAACACGACAAAGAUCGUCCCGCUGCGGCCCGGGACGGCGACCAACCGCCGGCUGGGCAUGCUCUCGCCGUCGCCGUACCACGCACUAACCGGCAGCGCGCCCGCGGUCGCGGCCAAGCUGCGCCCGCUGCUUUCAGACUUUACGCACCCGGUGAACGAGCCGCUGCCGACGGCGCGGUGGAUAAAGUACGACGCGUACUCGAGUUUUGCGCCGACGAAGGACGAGGUGCAGACGAUUGUGAGCGGGGAGACGGCGGCGAUGGUGUGGUAUGAUCGGUAUGCGAGGAAGAUUCGGCGGCGGCAGGAGGUGGCGAAGAAGAGGGCGGAGUCGAGUGUGCCGGAGACGCCGGCGGAGGCUGGUGCGGGUGAGAGUAAAGGAGAGUCAGAGACGGCGACGGCGACGGCGAGUGAAGCGGUCGAGAAAGAUGGAGAGAGCGAGACAGUUGGAGAGAGUGGGGAGAGCGGAGAGAAGAACGAGGGAGAAGACGACAACAGCGCGAUCGAUCCUGAACUGAUCAAGGACUGGCUCGAGUCCGAGUCGAGUCGGGAAUACGACAACGUGACGCUGACGACGAUCGCGUCGUGGCUAGAGCGCCUACAAGAGCUACAAAUCGAACGAUUCAAGCAACCCCCGCCGGCAGCACCGCUCGUGAUCCCAGGCCACGUCUACCAAAACCCGCAGCAGAUGAUGCAGAUGCAACUCCAGCAAGCGCAGCAGCAGCAGUUCUACAUCGAAGGCCCCGCGGUCUCGCAGGAGGAAAAAGAACUCGUGCGGAAGGUGCAGUACGCGCUCUCGGAGAUGGUCAGCCAGCUACCUCCGUACCUGGUCGCGGACUCGGUCUCGCGAUGGAUCCCGACGCUGGCGAAGAGCACGGUCGGUAGUCUGCCGCCGGACGCGUCGGCGGAGAUGGCGGGGUUGAUGCCGGCGGGGCAGCAGCAGCAGCAGCAGCAGCAGCAGAGUCCUGCGGGCGGCAGCGGGCGGAGGAGGAGGUAGGUGGAGUGAGGGAAGAGUGUAAUUUGUUGUAUUUAUGUUUUAGUAUACGGUGUAUGAUUAGUUAUGAGCGCAAUAGAGGAGUUUGAAGAUA